UUCUCUCAGCCCCUCUCAGGCAGCAUUAGGGCAGCAGCUGGCUUGUCUCAGCCCCUCCAUUCGUACAGUAGUGCUCUCCCUGCUCCUCCCCAGUGUGCUGUUCCUCCCCACUCCACUUCGCUAGGGGUGUCUGCUGUCUGGAGGGCACAGUGGGGGUGCAUCAUCACUGGCAUGCUUUGGACCGGGCUCGCCAUCGCCAUGCCUGGGGAGCAAUGAGAGGGGGCAAACCACGCCACGGCUGUGCUUGCCAAAACCUCUUCCGCAAAGUCCUGUCUCAGUGCAGCUGCUGCUACGCUCGGGUGAGAGAAUCCUAUUCUAUUGCUGGCAGUGAUGGCAGCAUUUCAGCUUCAGUGGCUUCCAUCCAACCUCAGCCCUCUACUAGCUCCGCACCUAGUUCCCCUGGAUCCAGGAGGUCUGUCAGUACUUUGAAGAAAUGGCUGACAAAUCCAGUGAGAAAACUAAGCAGUGGAAGCCGCCUUGAUCAGAGGCAGAAGAAGAUUGAAAGUCGUCCAAAACGAGGCUUACCAGGUCGAAGACGGAGUGCGGAUGACGGCGGCAGGGGGAGCUUUGACCUUGGAGUGUUGCGGAAAAUGGAGGACUUCACUCGGCCAGAAGAUAAGAGCUUGGAAUGGAAAGAACAUGAUAAUCCUGACAAACAUCAAUUGCCUGACAUAUCUUUCCUGUGUGACCUGCUGCAGGGGGCAAACACAGAGCCCGACAAUAAGGAUCCGCACACAUCCUACCUCCCAGACUCCAGAAAGAAAGAGUCUAUAGCUUCUGAAACGUCUCUUGCUUCCUCCUAUUCCCCUGAAGAAACAGAAGAAGAAAGGAAGAGUGCCUUAGAAAAGAGUAUGUAUGUCUUAAUGGAGUUAGUAGAAACUGAGAAGAUGUAUGUGGAAGACUUGGGCCAAAUAGUAGAGGGUUACAUGGCAACCAUGAGUGCUCAAGGAAUUCCUGAGGACAUGAAGGGAAAAGACAAAAUUGUCUUUGGGAACAUACACCAGAUAUUUGAUUGGCACAAAGAUUUUCUUCUAGGUGAGCUGCAAAAGUGCCUUGAGGACCCAAGCCGAUUAGCACAUCUCUUCAUAAAGCAUGAGCGCAGGUUGCACAUGUACGUGGUAUAUUGUCAAAACAAGCCCAAGUCUGAGCACAUUGUGUCCGACUAUAUUGAUACCUACUUUGAGGAGUUGAGGCAACAGCUGUCACAUCGCCUGCAACUCAAUGACCUACUUAUCAAACCAGUGCAAAGGAUCAUGAAGUACCAGCUGCUGCUAAAGGACUUUCUUAAGUAUUUCAGUAAAGCCGGACAAGAUACAACGGAACUGGAGAAAGCUGUGGAAGUGAUGUGCUUUGUUCCCAAACGAUGCAACGACAUGAUGAACCUUGGCAGACUGCAAGGGUUUGAGGGAAAGAUCACAGCUCAGGGGAAGCUUCUCCAGCAAGACACAUUUAUGGUGAUAGAACAAGAGUGCAGUUUCCUGACACGGGGUAAAGAACGCAGGGUCUUCCUCUUCGAGCAGCUCAUCAUCUUUAGUGAACCCAUUGACAGGAAGAAGGGCUUCUCAUUGCCUGGGUACAUCUUUAAAAACAGCAUCAAGAUCAGCUGUCUGGGCAUGGAGGACUCUGUGGAUAAUGAUCCCUGUAAGUUUGCACUGACAUCCCGUGGUACAGAUCGCAGUCUAGUGCGUUACAUUCUGCAGGCCUCGACUGCUGAGAUCAGACUGGCCUGGAUCCAUGACAUUGGACAGAUAUUAGACAGCCAGCGUAACUUUCUUAAUGCACUUCAAUCACCUAUCGAGUACCAACGAAGGGAAAGCAAGUCCAACAGUCUGGGAAGAUCUACCAACAGCCACGUGAUGGAAUCUACCCGUGGAGCUCUCAGACCCCAUUCCUCUGCCUCUAUGGAUAGAAACAAAGUGCCCAACCUCAAAUCCUACAAUACUUCUCUGCCAUCCCUUUAUUUACCCAACAACUCUAGGGAGAGUCGAAGCAAGGUUCACCCUACUCGAAAGAGUUCACACUCAGAUGUCCUUCCCCCAUCAACUCUGACCCCAGCACACAUCAACCUUAAUUUAAAUCAUUAUUCCGAGUCCUCCACCUCUACUGUGUCCAACGGAACAUCACAAAGUGACCCCACCAGUCGUAAACUGAGCACGUUGGGUCGAGAACUCCCUGGCUACGCCUCUACCCCUGAUGAAAUGGGUGUACCAAUUCCCCGGUUGGCCAAGCUGGAUGAGGAUGAACUUUGAACUUUGGACAAGUGUACAGGGGUUGAAUUAUUUAAAUCAUCCUGGAGUUUCCAGGUUGCAGCUGUUGUCUGACAUCCGUGGAUAGAGGGCUUCUGUGCUUGGAACAGGAUAACUAUGAGAGAAGGGAACUUGCCUUUAUGCCUUUUUUCCACAUCCAACACAGUCUGCAAGUCUGUAGUAUGAUGCCUGCUCUAUGAGGAGCAAUGUUUAUAUGAGGACAUUCAGCUCCAGAACUGCUUGGGAGACCUUAUGGUGUACACUCUAUGUCCACUAUGUGCUCAAACAACUAAAGACUUGUUUUAAAACUGACUUGAGAGUGACUGAAGGAAACAAGUGAAAAAGAAACAUGUGUCAUGCUUUGAUAAAGGAUGAAAUGAAGAAUUGUAUUUUCCAAACCUUAGGCAAACAUAUAAGCAUUUCACCCAACCACAAAUUCUGCAGAAAGCCAUCUUCACAUUCUAGCUCUUUACUUGACAAUCAUGAAGCUCAUUGAAAUGGGAAGGUUUUGACUGCCACAUGCUUAAGUCUUUGUGUAAGCAAUCUG